AUGCAUUCACCUCCGACGAGAGUGAUUCCGGCUCUAGUAGCCGGCACCGAUGCCAUCACGGCAUCAGAAUUGCACCAAAAGAGUCGAGCCGCCACCCAGAUCCACAUUCUUGCUACUGCGCUUACAGCUACGACCAUUCACGUCAUGCGAAACAUAUAUAUUGUCACCAGAUAUGCGCCACUCACGGAGAUGGCGCGGACGAAGGCUGAACAGCAACAUUUCUCUGUGGCCAUAACGGCGAAGAAACCGUGUCGGACUGUUCUAGGGAGCGUCAUUAUCAUCGCCAAUGCCAACACCACAGCUACAACAACAACCACGGCCACAAUACUCGACCUGCACAACAACAUUUCUCUCUCCGGGCGUGGGGACCUCCUUUACCCACCGCGAUGA